AGUGCGCAGGCGCUCUGCUGCAACGCGCCGUGAAGUCGACUUACGUUUAGUCUCCAGGAUGCAUCUUUAGUGAACCGGAAGCGAAGAUUGUUGUCGGAAGGUGUCUGAAAGAGACUUGCGUUGCAAAGAGAUGUUCAGUUUAUUCCGCAAAAACCAGGAUACUAAGAAGGUAGUGGUGACUGACAAAGAAGCAGAUGGAUUUGUUCUUCUGGGCAAUACAAUUAAUGAAGAAAGAAAUAACUCAGCAGAUAAAACUUCAUUGGCUGUGACUGGAACUCAAUUUGAUCAAACUUCACAGGCAAAUUCAGACAACCAAUCAAAGUUGACUGAAGGAGACACUGAACUGGAGGCAAAGAAAAAUCAGAAUAUGGAAAGCAGUUCUAUGUUGGAAUUUCUAAGUGAUGUACCUUUUGCUCUUGCACCACAUGUUUUGGCAGUACAAGAUACCUGUAAUGAUUUCUCAAGACAACUGUUUUCCUGUGAUGUCAAUGACAAUUUAGCAAGAUUUUGGUAUGAUUUUACACUUGAAAAUUCAGUGUUAUGUGAGUCCUAAAGUUGAGUUAUUUAAAAUAAAAAUAUACCCAGAUCACUUGAAAUAAAAUAUGCUGAUGUUAUCUGUCA